AGUGGACCAAGGAAGCAGCAGUCACCACAGGUGGCAUCCUGCAUCCACCAGAGUAGAAAAGAAGGAAUAGGAAGGCAUUAUAGAAGUGUAGGUGCAGUCACACCUUCAUUUCUCUUCCCUUUCUAUAUUCUUGAGAUAUGACUCCUGCUGUCUUCCUGGCCAUCCUGUGCUUGGGAACAGUCUCAGCAGCAGCAGCACCUGAUUCCAUUUUGGAUGCUGAAUGGCAGAAGUGGAAAAUAAAACAUGGGAAAGCAUACAGUCUGGGGGAAGAAGGACAGAAGAGAGCAAUAUGGGAAGAAAAUAUGAAAAAGAUCAAACUGCACAAUGGGGAGAAUGGCCUGGGGAAGCAUGGUUUCACCAUGGAAAUGAAUGCCUUUGGUGACAUGACACUUGAAGAAUUCAGGAAAUUGAUGAUUGAAAUCCCAAUCCCAACUGUCAAGAAAGGGAAAAGUGUCCAGAAACGUUUGUCUGUUAACCUGCCCAAAUUUAUAAACUGGAAAAAGAAAGGCUAUGUUACCCCUGUCCGGAGACAGGGCAGAUGUAAUUCUUGUUGGGCUUUUUCUGUGACUGGUGCCAUAGAAGGACAAAUGUUCCAGAAAACAGGCCAACUGAUCCCUCUAAGUGUACAGAACCUAGUGGACUGCUCUAGGCCUCAAGGCAACUGGGGCUGUUAUUUGGGCAAUACAUACCUUGCAUUGCAGUAUGUGAUGGAAAAUGGAGGUCUGGAGUCUGAGGCAACCUAUCCAUAUGAAGAAAAGGCAGGAUCAUGCAGGUACAAUCCAGAAAAUUCUACUGCCAGUAUCACAGGCUUUGAGUUUGUUUCAAAGAAUGAGGAUGCCCUAAUGAAUGCUGUGGCAAGUAUAGGGCCCAUUUCGGUCGCAAUCGAUGCAAGGCAUGGAUCGUUCCUGUUCUAUAAAAGAGGUAUAUAUCAUGAGCCAAACUGCAGUAGCUCUGUUGUCACACAUUCUAUGCUACUGGUUGGCUAUGGCUUUGCAGGAAGAGAAUCAGAUGGAAGGAAAUACUGGCUGGUCAAAAACAGCAUGGGUACACAAUGGGGCAAUAGAGGCUAUAUGAAGAUUGCCAGAGACAAAGGUAACCACUGUGGAAUUGCUACAUAUGCCCUUUACCCCAGAGUGUGAACUGCCUAGUGCUGACAAGGAAGAAAUGGACAGAGGACACCAUGUAGAGAAGAGGCACUUCCAUUUCAAAACAACUGGCCACUGUUGUGUAUAUAAGACACUGCAGUUAUUGAAAAGCCAGUUGUGAUAAGAAUUUUGUGAUAUAUUUAUUUUUGUAAGUCAUGACCAUUACUGUAACUGAUACCAUACCCUGGUUUGUAUUUGAUUUCUAUAACAAU